AUGCCAAGUUGCAUCAGCUAUUCUUUUUGGAGCAUGUUGAGAUCGAACAGGAAAAUCCUGAAUUCCAUGUGAGACUGAAGAGGAGGCAGUUGAAUGGACCGCCAUUUAACGCAAGCUCCGGGACAAGUUUCAUGGAAAAAUUCCUCAAGAAUUCGUCGCCGUACUGUGAAAGAGUUCAUGGGACUCUGGAUCAGUCAUCUCCGGCAAUCGAAACUGAAGUUACAGUAUGCAGCGUACGAGAAGAGUUACAAAUACCUUCCCUAGUUUAUCCAAACACUAGAAAAUACAAUAAGAUGGAGAUUGAAUAUAUUGCUGAUGAGAAAAGACUUGAAAUUCCGGUUAAUGAGGAGUCUUUACCGAACAUAGAGGGAGGACCAGAUAUUUGUUUAGAAAGAAGCUCUUCUGUGAAUUCGUGUUGCAAGGCGAACAAUGAAACAGAUACACCUGUUUCCAUGGAGUCAGAAGCAAAGGAAGCAGACAGUGAUGACAGGGCUAGCUGUGACCUUGGAUUUCCAGGAUUUGGUCAGACGCAGAUCUGUACUAAUGCAGAGGUGACUCAAACAGAGGAUCUGUCUCACUUUUCUAGUGUGUUGCACCACUCACCAAAGGAAGGAGAAUCUUCUAGUCUUUUGCGCACUGAUUUCGAGAGAUCUUCUCUUGAAGGUAAACCAUAUGAAGCUGAACAAACAUCUUUCAGUUUGUCUUGUUAUGAGAAUCCUGCAAAUCUUGCCGAAGAUUCUGGAAGUCGUUUGGAGCUGCAGUCCAACAAAGUAAAUGCUCAUAAAAUUGUGUUGAAAUCAUCUGAAGCUUGCGAUGUCUUGGAAGACGGAAGAGAUCCGAUGCUUAAUAUUUCCCCUGAAGCUCACCCAGAGUAUCUGUUAAAGCUUACACAAGUGUCAUACGACGCAUCCGAGGGUGGAAGCAAUGUUGAUCAUUCUCAACAUGUUUUCAGUGUGGACACUGGUUCUGAGAUAUCUUUAAGUGCUUUAGUUGAAGACCAGUUCUCAUCUAUAACCAAUCAAGAGGUAGAGGCUUUGGAACCCGAGGACAUAUCUUCUGAAGCUGGUCAUUCCAUUCCAGAUAGCAAAAGCAGUUUAAAAGAAACACCAUCAACAUUGGAGUCCGAUUUUAUUCUUCCAAAUCCGUAUAUUAGCACACUUGACGACUUGGAAGAUAAAACCAACUCCCAAGACAUAUCUUCCACGAAUCCUAAACAGUUUAAACAUAUUUCAACUUCUGAAAUCAGUUCAGAAAAUGGAACUCUGAUGUCAGAUACUCCAAGAGAACUUCACACAGGAUGCAGUGACCUCUCAGCCUCAUCUUCUCGUGAAGACGUAUUGGCCAAUCCUGAUCUGCCUGAGAUAUCUUCGCAUUCUGGACAGGAGGAUCCACAAACCAUGUCUAUAGUUGCAGAUGAUGAUAGUAGUGCGCCUGCAGUACCAAUUCCUGAUACGCCAAGACUUGGUACUUGUUUUGCAGGUGAUGUCGAUCACGAUAACCAUACUGGCCUGGAUAAUAAGGCCGAUACCAUUCCCGACAUAGACUUGGAAACUAUUAGUGAACCACAGGAGAAUCUUUUAGAUACUGAAGAAUGUCUUUCACCUGAGUGUUGCUUACAAACACAGAACCAAGGGAAAGAGAGUCCAUCAGAAACCGGGUCAGCAAAUCCAAUAACAGCAUCAGUCGAGUCUCUUCCUACACAAAGUGGACCUGUUGGUGUUCAGGUUUCAACUUCAGAGGAAGCGUUAACUUGCAACGAAACGCUUUUCCCUUCAAGCAUAGCAGAAAUAGAAGCUCUUCAUGCACCAAACCAGGAAACUUUCACAUCAUUAAAUGAUCAUAUCUCUGAGUUUGUUCUUUCCAUGGAUCUGACUGAUGGAGAAGAUUGCUUGGACGUGUCCCCUGAAUCCAUGCUUCCCUUCUCCAUGGCCUUCGAUGAAACACCGCAGGCAGAUCCAGAGAUAACACCUCCGCUUCCGCCUCUUCCUCCGACACAAUGGUGGAUAGGGAAGCUGGUUGAAUCAACCGAAAUGCCAUCACUUGCAGGUAGUGGAAACAAUAGUUUCUACAUUCAUAGGGAUGAAAACACACAGAACGGAUCAGUUCAAGCGACCGAGGCACAGUAUCUAUCAAAAGCGUCGACUACAGAUGGUGACAACCACAAUUCUCAUGUGUAUAGAGAAGAUUGUAGAGUGGAAGGCGUGUCAACUUGUGUAGAAACUACUCUGAAUGAACCAUCUAAAGCAGCUGAGGAACAGUCAACUUCAGCAGUCAGUGGAACAAGCGGCACCUAUAUGCAUAACGAUGAAAGUACACUGAAGUGUUUGAAUAAAACAGUGGAGUCACCACUUGCAGAGGAAGUAUCAUUAGAAGCUGACUGGAGAGAUGAAGCAAUGGCACUCGAAUGGUCUAGUCAGAACUUAAGAGAGCAUAGCAAUCCUCACCCAGCAAAGUUAGAUGAGGAACCUCAGGUUGAUCGUUCACAUGAAUCGCUUGUUAUUGGCAUGGACAGAAGCAUGUUGAGGAAAGUAUCUGAAGAGAACAGGACACAAGUUGGAGCUAGAGCGGACGAGAAUGAUUUACUAUUGCAGAUCAUAAGGAGCAAGUCGUUCAACCUGAGACCAGCGGAUGCCUCGGUGAGAGCAAACUUUCAAGUAGCUGUUCCAAAAACCAACUUGAAGGUCGCUGCGAUUCUAGAGAAAGCCAAUACUCUUCGCCAGGCAAUGGCGGGAAGUGACGACGAGCACGAUUCAGAUAGCUGGAGUGAAUGAAUCUAUAGAUGACAGACAGAGAGAUACACACGCUCUGCUCUGUAUGUAUAGAAGAAGAAUUGUUAGCAUUUUUUUGUUCUCACAUUUGUCUCCCGUAAUGUUUCCUCAUUAAUUGCUCUCUUCUACACAUUUGUAAGUCACACUGUCUUUUUGCCAUCUAUAUGUGUGUAGUACACCACCCAAUUUUUUUUUU